CAACAACCCUCGGGCCCUCGCUUGUCCCUCCUUCACCCUUGGAUACAGCGUCAAUUGCGAUCAUUCCGUGAGCAUCUCCUAGUGCCUCACGUCGCCCGCCCGUUUUUCGCCGCCCGUCUACUUGCCCGCCUGCCCCGGCAUAUCUGUGAGAGACAUUUUUCCGAGAUGCUCAGCGCCGCUCUUCGGAGGCGUAUCCUCGCGCCUACUCACCAGGCCCUGCGAUCUGGCUUCACCGCGCACGUAGUCCGCUACUAUGCGUCCUUCCCGAGCCACCAGGUGAUCAAGAUGCCGGCAUUGUCGCCCACAAUGCAGGCUGGCAACAUCGGUGCCUGGCAGAAGAAGCCCGGCGAUACCAUCGCCCCCGGUGAGGUUCUGGUCGAGAUCGAGACGGACAAGGCCCAGAUGGACUUUGAAUUCCAGGAGGAGGGUGUUAUUGCCAAGAUCCUCAAGGAUGCUGGCGAGAAGGAUGUCUCUGUUGGCACCCCCAUCGCUGUCCUUGUCGAGGAGGGAACCGACAUCGCCGCUUUCGAAAGCUUCUCUCUGGAGGAUGCCGGCGGCAGCGCCCCGGCCCCCGCGGCCAAGAAGGACUCUGAGCCUGCUCCCCAAUCCACCCCCGCCUCUACCCCUCAGUCCUCCUCUGCUCCUGAGCAGUACGCUUCCCAGGGCAGAAUCCAGACCUCUCUCGACCGUGAGCCCAAUGCUGUCCCCGCCGCUGUCCGACUUGCCCGAUCUUCGGGCAUCAGCCUGGAUGGCGUCAAGGGCACUGGCAAGGGAGGCAAGAUCACUGAGGAGGACGUCAAGAAGCUGGUCGCCAGCCCGGCUGUUGCCGCCCCCGGCGCUACCUUUGAGGACAUUCCCAUCAGCGGAAUGCGAAAGACCAUUGCCAACCGACUGCAGGAGUCGACCCAGACCAACCCUCACUUCUACGUCACCAGCUCCAUCUCCGUGAGCAAGCUCCUGAAGCUGCGACAGGCUCUGAACACGUCCGGCGAGGGCAAGUACAAGCUGUCGGUCAACGAUUUCCUCAUCAAGGCCAUGGGUAUCGCCUCCAAGAAGGUCCCCGCCGCCAAUGCUAGCUGGCGCGGUGAUGUUAUCCGUCAGUUCUCUACUGUCGACGUCUCCGUCGCCGUCUCCACCCCCACUGGCCUCAUCACCCCCAUUGUCACCGGUGUCGAGGGCCGUGGCCUGGAGUCCAUCUCCGCCAAGGUCAAGGAGCUCGCCAAGAAGGCACGAGAUGGCAAGCUCAAGCCCGAGGAGUACCAGGGGGGCACCAUCUCCAUCUCCAACAUGGGCAUGAACGAUGCUGUCGAGCACUUCACUGCCGUCAUCAACCCUCCCCAGGCCGCUAUCCUGGCUGUUGGCACCACCCGCAAGGUCGCCGUGCCCGCCAAGGAUGAGGAUGGUGAGACCGUUGUUGAGUGGGAUGACCAGAUUACUGUCACUGGCAGCUUCGACCACAAGGUCGUCGACGGUGCCGUUGGUGCUGAGUGGAUGCGUGAGCUCAAGAAGGUUCUCGAGAACCCCUUGGAACUCCUUCUGUAAGCGGAAGCAGUCUAAAAAGGGAACUUUCUACAUAUCUGAGCAGAAGAUGGCGUCUGGGAUGUGUUACAAAUAGGGAUGGCUGAUCAAGUGUCCCUUGUAGAGUAAUUUGCAUCUUGAAAAAAAAAGGCCGGGCUGUUGUGGUUGUGCAGUUCAUAACUAGAAAAGAAUAAUUAAUGGUGUUUGCUAGUCCUACAUAGAAAAAUUAAAAAUAUUAAAGUUC